AUGAAGCUCUCCGUCAUCCUCAUCUCGGCUGUCGCCGCCAUCGUCGCCGCGACCCCGGUCGACAACGGCCUCACCUUCGACAACGCCCUCGCCGGGGCCGACAACUUCACCGUCUCCAACGACUUCACUCUGCGCGAGUGCAAGGAACCAGCCCGUACCGACGGCGAGUGUCACAAGUGCCAGAAGGCCUGGGAGGCUUGCAUGAAGGAGUGGAAGUGCCCUGGAGAGCCCGGCGGCUGCGCCAGUCGAUGCCGCUGCCGCAUCCAAGGCAUUCAAGGCUGCCAGUGGCCAUGCAAGUGGUUCUGCUGCUAA